AUGGAGACGGGGUCGGUGAGGGUGUCGGCUGGCAUAGAUGGGGGCCGGGGAGGGGCCUGUCGGCAGUCGAAGGAGACGGAGUCGGGGAUAGGGCCGCUAGCGGCAGGGGGAGAUGGGGUCAAGGAGGGUGUCGGCCGACGGAGAUGGGGCUGGGGAGGGUCCGAUCGGGGGAGAUGGUGCCGGGGAGGGUGUCGGCCGGUGGAGAUGGGGUCGGGAAGGGGACGGCUGGUGGUCGGGGAAGACAGGGUCGGGAGGGGCCUACCGGUGACUGAAGGAGACAGAGCCGGGGAGGGGCCUGCCGGCGGUCGAAAGGAGAUGGGGCCGAGGACAAGGCUGCUACUGGCCAGGGGAGAUGGGGCCGGGGAGGGUGUCGGUCGGUGGAGAUGGGGCCGGGGAGGGGCCUACCGGUGGUUGAAGGAGACGGGGCUGGGGACAGGGCCGCUUGCGGUUGGGGGAGACACGAUCAGGGAGGGUGUCGGUCGGCGAAGAUGGGGUCGAGGAGGGGGCGACCAGGGGGAGAUGGGGGCCGAGGAGGGUGUCGGCUGGAGGAGACGGGGUCGAGGAGGGGGCGGCCGGCGGCCGACGUAG